ACUGACAGCAUUGUUUUCAUCAUGGCGGCAUCCAGCACAGCGCAGGUGCUGUCACUCUACAGACUGUUAAUGAAGGAGAGCAAGAAAUUCCCCUCGUACAACUACAGGACAUAUGCUCUGCGGAGGGUACGAGAUGCAUUCAGAGAGAACAAGACAGUGGAGGACCCGAAAGUGUUGGAGGAGCUUUUGAACAGGGCCCGGGACAGUUUGGCCCUCAUCCAAAGACAGGUGUCCAUAGGCAAGAUGUAUGAUGUCCAGAAGACCGUCAUUGAACAUGGAGAAAAGAAGCCAGUUUGAUUUGGUGUGGAAAUGAAGACUGUUAUAGAGGACUGAUCUUGGAUUCAUGUUGAAGUUGAGUCUGUGGCCCGUUCUCCAUGUUUCAGGAUGGAAGCUGGAGGAUUAUGGUGUUGUCAUUGCGGUCUUCAUGACUUCAGCAUCAGAAUGAAUUGAACUGUUUAUACAUCUUAAAGGGAUAGUUCACCCCAAAAUUUUAAUUCUGUCAUUAUUUACUCACCGUCAUUUCAAACUUGACUUUCUUUAUUCUGCAAAACACAAAAGAAGAUAUUUUGGAGAAUGUCGGUAACCGAACAAUGGCGGUACCCAUUCAUUUCUAUUGUAUGGGCACAAAAGCAAUGCAAGUCAAUGGGAAUCACCAUGGUUUAGUUACCAACAUUCCUCAAAAUAGCUUCUUCUGAGUUCUGCAGAAGAAAGUCAGUCAUACAGGUUUAAAAUGACAAGAAGGUUAAUAAAUACAAAUACAAAUAAUUACAGAAUUUUCAUUUUUGGGUGAACUAUCCCUAUUAUCUCACAGGAGACAAAAAGUGUAUAUACUGUAUGUAUUAUUUUUGCUUUGUAUUGGUAGAAUUGCAAUAAAUGUUUGUUCAUUAUGUUA